CUUUUCUUUCUUUUUCUUUUUUUUCAAUAAAAAAUAUAAAAAAAUUUUUUUUUUUAAUGUCAUAUAUAAAAAUCCCCUCUCAUCUUGUACCAUCCGAUCCCCAAGGGUCGGAUUUACUAGCUUUAGAAAGAGAAAAGGCUACAUUUAAUGUUAAAGAGCUUACACUCGCAUUAUAUGGAUCAAAGGAAUUGGAAAAAGAUAAUAGAAUCUUAAAAAUAUUAGAGAAUGAUCCAGUAUUUGACAAAUCGAAUUUAUAUUUUAUGGGAAGAACAGAAUUAUUUGAAAAUGCUUUGAGAAAAGACAAAAGACUCGUACAAUUAAUUAAAGAGCACAAAUGGAAUAUGGAAGAAAUUCAAGCAGCAGUAUCGUUUAUAGAUUUACCAGGUCCCUAUGGCCUUCACAGGGGAAUGUUUAUCCCUACAAUAUUUGGUCAGGGAACCGAAGAACAAAAAAAAAAAUUCCUAAUCCCAGCACUUAAAUAUGAAAUAAUUGGGUGUUACGCCCAAACGGAGUUGGGACAUGGGUCUAACGUUCAAGGGCUCGAAACAACUGCAACAUAUAUUCCGGAAACAGAUGAAUUCGAAAUAAAUUCGCCAUAUUUGACCGCAUCAAAAUGGUGGAUUGGAGGUUUAGGAAGAACAGCCAACCACGCAAUCGUUAUGGCACAAUUAAAGAGCAAUGGAAAGGACUAUGGUCCCCACCCAUUUAUCAUUCAAAUAAGAGAUUUAGAAACGCACCAACCUUUACCUGGGAUAACAGUCGGUGACAUCGGUCCUAAAUUUGGCUAUAAUGCUACUGAUAACGGAUUUAUGCUCUUUGACCACGUGAGAAUUCCACGCUUUAAUAUGCUUUCUAAAUUCUCUCAAAUAAAAAAAGGUACAGGCGAAUAUAUAAGCCCGCCGAAUGAUAAAUUAUCUUACGGUACAAUGGUAUUCAUUCGUGCCAUGAUUGUCACAAGUGUUCGAACUUCACUUGCACGCGCUGCAACGAUCGCAAUUCGUUAUUCGGCUGUAAGAAGACAAUUUGUUGAUAAAGAUCAACCAAAAAAAUCGAAAGACGGACGUAUAGUAGAAACGUCAGUGCUUGAUUACACAAUGCAACAGUAUCGAUUAUUCCCAGUAAUCGCUCAAGCUUAUGCGUGUUUUUACACAGCAAAAGCAAUGAUUGACCUAUAUAUGAAAUAUCUUAAACAGAGUUCCUCAGGUGAUUUCUCCCUGUUAGCAGAUUUACACGCAUCAAGUUCAGGAUUAAAAUCCUUAACUACCACGAUGGCAGUAGAUUCAAUUGAAGAAUGUAGAAGGGCAUGUGGCGGCCAUGGCUAUUCAAAUUUUGGCGGGUUUGUUACAUUUUAUCAAAAUUAUUUGCCAAAUAUAACUUGGGAAGGAGAUAACUAUAUUUUAACACACCAAACUACUCGUUAUCUUCUAAAAACCUUCCGAGAAGUGGUGUCAAAUAAAAAUCCCGAAAUAUAUGCCUCUCAAUCAAAAAAGAACCCAACGUUAACUUACAUUCUUGAUUAUAUUAAUAAUCCAAAUCAAGUUUGUAACGCAACAACUUCAUUGGAUUUUAAAAAUAAUGAACUACAGUUAAGGGCAUUUGGCCAUCGUGCGGCAUACCUAAUUGCAAAUGCAGUAGAUCAAAUCGAUAAUCAAAAUAAAUCAUGGAAUUCGAUGUUGAUCGAAGUAAAUAGAAUCUCUCGAGCUCAUUGUCAAUAUCUUUUAGUAAAAAACUUUAUAACAGCAAUUCAAGAGCAACCACAACCAAUUACAGAUGAAAAGUUGCGUAUAUUACAUAGUAGUCCAGCAUUGAAAAAAGUUAUGGAAUCAGUAUGUAAUUUAUUUGUAUUACAUACUAUGGAAAAAGAAAUAGGCGAAUUCUUUGAAUGUAGGUUUAUAACAGACUCUGAAGCUAAGUUGCUUAGGACUCAAGUAUACGAUUUAUUACAAGAAAUAAGACCAAAUGCUGUGAGUUUGGUUGAUGCGUUUAACAUACCAGAAUUUGUCCUACAAUCAGCUCUUGGAAGAUAUGAUGGAAAAGUAUACGAGACGAUGAUCGAUUGGGCUUCUAAAGAGCCCUUAAAUGGGAUAACUUUGGAUGUUAAUCCUAAUAGCGAAGUUUUAUUUAGAAAUAAGAACAAAGCUAAACUUUAAAAAAAAAAUUAGAAUUAAAUAUAAAUUAAUUAAAGUAAUUUAUUUCCUUUACAUAGAAAUAUAUUUAAAUAAAAAGUUUUAAUAGAAUAAACCCUCUGUUUUAUUAGUAGUAAUCAAGAUCUUUGUUCUUGUAGAAAUUUCCGUUUUAAAUAUUUGCAUUUUCUAUAUUUUAAUUCAAU